CUGCUAUUGCUGCCGCUGUCCAUUUUUCGCGUCGUCCAUCUCCUCUCAACUACUCGUCGGUGCUCUCGCUGCUUCAGACUUCUUUCUUUCCCUUGUCCUGGCAUCCUCCUCUUCGAACUCCCUUUGUUGUUCUUGUCGGCUUUACAAUAAUGUCGUGUGUCCCUCGUUACACCCGUCCCGCCUGUUAAACACCCUGCCAACGCCCUAUCGAAUCCUUGUCCAACACCCAUCGAGCCGCCUAACACCUCGUGUUUGAUUAUUUGCUUUAAGCUUGAAGGAACAGAACCCGUCGCGGCACAGAGAACCAUUGUGGAUUGCUCGCGGCACAAACGCUUUUCUCUCUUGAAUUCUUACGUCCAAUAUACACAUUCCCGGGCAUCAGUUUUCCAUCUCACGCUUUGCGAUAAUGCUAUAACAGCUUGAACUCGAGGUCUCUUCUCCAUCUCCUCUCCCUCGUGCUGAGCUUCGCGCCAGCAGCCAUUCGUUACCACCAGUCGCUCAUUUUACACACCAUUUCGUGUCCCGCUUUGUAUACCUACCCUUGUGAGCCGCUCGUUCGAUAGAAGUACAACCACUGCGAUUGGAGACCCUAUUCCCCGAAACAGGAGGAACAUACUCGAGAUUCAUCUAAGGACAUCUCCGACAAAGUACCAGCAAAACAUUUGCGCGAACCCCAACUAAUAUCAAACCAAAUAUAUGAAACUUAUCACUUAUUCGACAUAAUGGAAAGACCGGCGAAGCGAAUGAGAAUAUCUAAUCCCGAAGUACGGAAUCCCCGAGAUACAGGUUCGAGGAUGACCGAAGGCUUGUUCACAUCAGAACUUGGCAUCCGAAGCGACGACUCUGACGGGACCGUUCAUCCGACUCGAACAAUCAGCUUGUCGGAUUUUCAGAGACGAAAUAUAUAUGGCGAAUACCAACGUGUGCCACGACAAGUUCUGCCUCGAGGCAACCAAGGCAUUUACCUCCGGCCCCGAGCGCCCGAUGCAACCGUCACCGCGAGCGUGGUUGAGAUCAACGUCAAUGACGGUACUUCUGUGUCCAAGGUCACGGAGGUGACAGCUGCUCCAUCUGGAACCGUUGUCUCUAUAUCAGACAUGGGCUCAGCGACUGUUUCUGUUACCGUGCCUGGAAAUUCGGGGACAGGCAGUAGCCACACGGCAUCUGAACAAUCUACAUUGACCACAGAUAGUGCUUCUCUGACCUCUUCUUCUUCCUCAACAACUCCGGCGGCUGGUGGUGCUACCACCACCUCCACAGGGUCUAGCACGACAGGGUCCAUCAUUUCUGACGCUGCGACCAAUGGCACCUCAACCUCUUCAGACACAACCACGCAACACACAGUUACUGUUACCGCCACGUCUACCUACGAAAUCUCCAUCAUUAAUGGAACCUUUAUAACGCCAGAUAUAACUGCAUUCGUGAUAGCCACAGACUACAGCCAAACAGGACCCAUCACCGAUAUUGACACAGCGACCACCUCGGCCACUUUCGUCUUUGGAGAUCUCACCAGCACCCCAUCGCCAACCUAUUCCUCUGAUACCUUCAAUUCAGGUGCAGCUUCGACGGGAUAUCUGCCGGGGGGCAUCGUACAGACAGGCUCACCUACGGAAACCGCCGGUUCUGCAGCCAGCUCAAGUCCUUCCUCGAAAUCCGAAUCUGGAAGUGGUAGCCCCGGGUUAUCGCCCGCGCAACAACAAGUUGUCGGCGGUGUGGUCGGUGGUAUUGCUGGCAUCGCGUUGGCUUUGGCAAUCUUGCUUGUCGUCCUUCGUUGGUAUCGUCGUCGACUCAAGUCGCGUGGCCAGCUACCCGAACAGAUUGCUGCUAGACAGCUUGGAGGGAAUUCGGGCCACGAUUAUCCCAUGUCUCAACGGUCUUCGAACACGCCUUUCGCUGCUGCCGUAGCUCACAACCUGAGAAGACUUCGGCCUCACAGCAUCCAGACCAAUGCCACUACAGCGACUGGCGCCACAGACUUUAGUGCGAAGGAUUCCGAACGCGGUUUUCAAAGGAUCGCUGGUCGAAAGAUCGCACCCGUGUUGAGCAGCGGAGGUGACCCGUAUGGUGGAAACUACGGUGCGUUUGAAAAGGAGACCGAAGCUGGUGCAUCAGACCCGCUGUACAAUACAGACAGUCGCCUUGCUGGCGCUUCUUUCUACCGUGAUCAUGAUGGUUUCUACGGAGGCAAAGGCAAUCACUCACCCACUUUCCCACCAUCGCCAACAACUGCUGCUACGGGUGGAAGAGCAGGGGAUUUACAUCUUGGGGGCAGUGGCCUAGGUUCAAUGGCGAGAGAUUUUGCCGGUACUAUUGGCAGUGGCAGUGGCAGUCAGGUGUCUCUCAAUACACCAAGCCGACCUGAAGGCAUCGCAGUGAUGCGGCCCAGUCCGGCUCGAACUCCCGUCACAUUGAGUCCUGCUGCGAGCUCGAUUAGGUUGCCCAUCCAGCAAGCGCCCACCUUGGACGAAGAUGCUCCUCCAGUACCGACCGGACUUUUGGUACCUGGCCAGAUGCAGAGAGAUGGGGUAGGUCGAAGUCUGGCCAGUCAAGAUGGUAGUCAUGUUAGCAGAAGCAGUGGAAGAAGUGGCACGAGGUUUGUGGAGAAUAUGUGAGGCUUUGUACAGAGGUGCUUGGUGUCGUCUAGUACCAGCUCUAUUUUUCUGUUAUUUUCAAUGCGUUCUUGAGCGUGGUGUGUGGCGUUUUUUGUAUACAUCAGCAUUGGGGACCAGCUGAUGGGUUGUCACUUUGCGUCAAGUUUGAUUGAACGUGGAACUGUAUGUUGUGCAGUGUUUGAUAUGAUACCCGUCAUUUAUCCAAUGUGAUGUAGAGAAGUCUCAAUUUAUAUUUGUGCAUUUGACAUUGCAGCUAGG